AUGCCUAUCCUCGACUUCCUCGCACUAUCCCUAUCUACAGAGAAGUACGCCAACACAAAGAUCUGUAACGGUCUUGCCGGCGAGACCACCCUGGCCCAAAUGCCCCAAUUAAAGGCCUGCUUUGAGGAAUCCUACCGGCAAUUGGACCGGAUGAUCGCCUUUACCGCAGCCGUAGAGGACAGGCUCAACGUGCAUCUGCGCCACGGCACCAUCCCCGACGCAGACCUGGUAGAGAAACUGGCUGUGUGCAAGAUCAAAUGCAUUGACGUGGCCACACAGCGAGUGCACGCGCUGCGACAGGAGGUGGGCAGCUACGCGCUCAUGUGGGAUACGGGGUUUGAGCUGGUAGAUAUGCUGUUGACUUGCAAAUUCGCUGAAGGCGAUAGCCGUAUCCUGCAACAGAAGCUCGCACGUGACCGUCUCAAGCGUGUGCAGAAGGGAGGUGUGGGUGGUAUGGUGGGUGACGUGUUCUCGACAAACUCAGCCGAGGCAAUUGCGGCGAUAUCUUUGGCUCGCAAACUGGCACCCGCAGGCAGGGACCUGCAGAAAAUGGCUGCAGCCCUGGAUGUUAAUUGGAGGGAGCUUUAUGGCCUUUCCGAUAUGAUCUGUGAACGUCACAUUAACAGCACCCAGGGCUCGAAGUUUAUCGAGCCUUGUGUGGAGCGUCUUAGAGCUUCAUCGAACGAAUACGACCACGACUGGAAAAGCAAACUGGGAUCCAGUACUAUCCCGUCAGCAUCCAGUGCUCGAGCGUAGCUGAUAAGAGUCAAGUAUUGUACAGAUAAAUAAUCAACCCGUAUUGAAAGCUCAUGUCGGUAUGCAACAGGCAUGUACGGUAUGGGUUUACUUUUAAAUUCUGGUCUGGUUGUUUGGGCUGGAGCGCUGUGUUCUGGACCACAGUGAGUGGAAUGAUCUCGAUAGGCAGUGCGGUUGCUUAUGUUCCGACUGGAAACAAGCAAUGCAAAAGGAGUAUGCCUAAGUUGAGAUUAAGCUUUCAAUUUAGUUUAGUGCUAGUUUACAACACCUAAAAUAGGUCCAGAGUUGAUUGUGGGCAGUUUCUCAUGAUUUCGAGCUGCGUGUGGAACAUUUUUUUACCGUAGUGUGCUACAUUAUCAUUUGAGAUGAUUGCACCAAGCAUAUCUGCAGAAACUGCAAAAGUACAUAAGCCUGAACAAAGUCGACACCUGGGAUGUCACGAAACAGUCUUCUCUGGAUCAAGGACAUGAUUGCUAUGUUUGCUGAUAGUCAUCAACUUACUACACGUUAUGGUGUUAUUCCUGUUUGAAUGGGGUAACCAUUUCAAUUAUCCAUUCAAAAAGGUGCUAUGCGGACAUCGAUUUGAAAUACCCGUGUGCGCGGUUUAUCAUAUAGUACCGCAGCGAACAAUCUGAAUUCGUAUUUCGUACAAGUGAUUUUGAGAACUGUUGUACACAUAAAUCGCUUGAACUCGUGUAAUUAUAAUUAGACAAGGUGAUGUUUUAUUUGAAUUGGUUUCUAACUCUCACGCCGAUGCGCGAUCUCUUCCUCGCGGUAGUUUGUAGCAUUUCACGCAUAUUUAUUUAUAAACCACGAAUCUCCAUCUUCUCGUUGUUAGUGAUUCCGCGGGCGUCCUCGCCCGUGAGUGUCGCCUUCAUCACACCGUAUAAGUGUAUCAUCGUUGACGACGUUGUGUCCCAAUACUCUGCGAAAUCAGCCGUUACUUUCAAUAGACCAAUAUCUGGUGUAUCCAACCCAUCGCUGAACCAGGCUUUCAUUGAAGGGCUCCACAGUUCCUCCAUCUUUGCUCUCUCUUCGACCAGCUCGAUACGUCCUGAAACGCUUACAAACAAGUUGCUUCCGGGGUUGCUGUAGGCCAAGUUAACGUGCGAAUCUCGUUGGAUAUCCUUGAUCUUACCGGAGCUAUCGCUUGUGAAGAACCACAGCACUCCAUCGUCGUCUACUUUGGACGUCCACAUGGGCCGUGAUGCCAUAUGUCCGUCUAUAGUUUGUGUGGUUAACAUUGCAAUGUCAACACCAUUCAGUUUUUCUUUCAGCUUUAAAGCGGCUUCAGCGUGCGACAUAUUGAAUAUAUUUUGGGUAAAUCUGGUUUAUAAUAUUUGUAGAUUUAUGUCUGAAUGGACUGAGGGAAGCGAAUACGUAACUAUAUAUACCCUAAAAUUUUGGAUAAAAGAUUUUUCUGAAAGCUGAAGUCGCCUGAAGCCGUCUGUAGCCUAAACUCUGAAGUAUCGAAGGUCUGUAUGUAUGUAGUCUGA